CGUAACCUCAAUGCGUAUCGAUAUGCACCACUAGCGCAAUCCCGUACACUAUGCAUUGCAGGUCCCGGCACCCUUUGUUUAAGCCGAGCAACAUGUGCUACUUGCCGAGGCCAAAACCAAUUCAGCCAUCGUCAUCUCCAAUCAUCCCGAAAAUGUGUUCCUUUUACUUCUAACAAAACAUCGUAACUAUCCGCCCUUCUCCGAUAACUCAGACGCCGUACCUACCUGGUAUACAAGCCAAUGACCCGAUAGAGGUAUCUCCGAGUACCUACCUCGCCGCCUCUCGAAAAGUCGCCGUCGUUCCUCCUCUUUUGCUUUGCGGCGACGCGAAACCGAACCGAGCUUACUUCUCAUCCUCCCCCCCCCUUCUUCUCCUAAUCCCCGUGGCCAAGAUGGAACCGUCAUCGGCGUCAACGCUCGAAGGCCUCAAGGCCGCAGUCGAGCAAGUGGUUCUCAACCCCGCAUACCACGAUAUCCUCGCCGUCGUAAAGGGGGCCCGCAACGGAGCCGUGUACGGGGCCAAGGUGCGCUUUCCGCACGCGCUGGUGAUGGUGUUUCUAUUCCGGUCCGGCACUUUUCGGGAGAAGGUUUCGCUAGUGAUACGCGCCACGCGCACGCAUGCGCAGAACCUCGCGCGCUUUGCCGUCAUCUACAAGCUGGUGUGCUUCCUGCUGAAGCAGUACGGGCCGACGCCCGGGAAGGCAGGGCGGUACGACUCGUUUAUGGCGGGCCUGCUAGGCGGAUACGUGGUGUUCGGCGGGCGGUCGCGGCGCACCGGCAAGAUCCCCAGCGUCAACCAGCAGAUUGUGAUAUACGUGUUCGCGCGCGUCGUGCUAGCGCUUGCGCGGCUCGCCGUCAAGCCAGAGGGUGGUACGGGGCUACCGCUGGUGUCGCGGCAGGGCGUCUCCGAGUCUAUAACGCGGUAUGCCUGGCCCGUAUUUGCGUCGCUCUCGUGGGCUAGUGUAAUGCAUCUAUUCCGUUACCACCCCGACGACCUACAACCAUCGCUUCGUGGCAGCAUGACGUAUAUCUAUCAGCAGUCAGACCACUGGGAUAGCCUAAGGAAUUUCAUUUGGCAUAAUAAAUAGCGAGUUGUUUAAAAAAACGAAAACUGUGGGAGCGCAUGCAAGAGGUCUGGAAAUGAGCUCUGCAGCUAUACGAUAUCACCGGCGGCGUUGGUGUUGAAUUCAUGGGUAUUUUAUUUACAUAUAUACGGCUGUACGCAUUCAGUAUAGCCAGGUUCGCGUUGACGGCGCGAGCAGCACGGAAGAAAACGGAUACCCUUCGUUAUGACGGGGGGAUCAACUGUGACAAUCGUGUAUAAUCCUCGACAAGAUUCAGCGCUGCCCCCCCUCCCCCCCUUGUUAUUAUACAUAGGCCGCCUUAUCCGCUUAAAGUAAUAAUUGUCGCCUAUUGGUAUUAUAGUUCAACGAGCUGAAAACCCCCAAGGCGAUCGACAGUUAUGCCGGGGGAUAUGGGCUCGCAGAUCUAUCUUGGCAUGCUACGUGGAAGAGUUUAGGAGCUUCAAAAACGAAGCUUUACAUAAUGUACCAAAUUAUAAAUACAAACGGGACUGUGUUAGCUUGUCAGAAGAAUAUAUAUACCUUAAGUACUCA